CAGCAAAAGGGUCUUUCAAAACUCAGUUGUCCAGUGUGAGAUCUUUCAAAUGUGUGCUGGACCUUCUACUUGUAAAUGAGCUGUUAAAAUAGUUGUUUUUUAGAAGAAAUGGAUGUCCUGAUCUUGGGGUUUAUCGUACUGCAGUUUUUCACAUGUGCUACUUGUUAUCCAAAUGGUGCACCAGCUUCAGCGUGUGUGGAUAUGAUGCCAAAACAUGGAGCGGUACAACCGCAGCCUUCACCUGCUCCAUACACCAUCCUUCCCAGCAGCACCGGUUUUCAAACUGGAAAACCUAUCACAGUCAUAAUUAAAGGUCCAGACUAUCGUGGUGUGCUACUGGAGGCUCGAUCUGGCUCUGAUACCAAAGCAAUAGGAACCUGGCAGACGCCUCCAGCCAACACAAAGUUCUUAGCGUGUGCAGGAAAUCCACAGGGUGCCAUUACUCAUGCCAACACCAAUAUUAAAAACAGCAACACCAUCUAUACCUGGAUUCCACCUGCUGCAGCCACCAAUGUUUACUUUAUGGCCACAGUAGCUCAACAGCGCACCGUUUACUGGCUCAAUGUGAAGUCUGCAAAUCUAACCCAAGGCAGUGGAGGGGGAACACAGCUUAAUGUCUCUGAUAGCGCUGAAACACAGAAGGCGGUGACUUCUUUCAUACUCGCUCUUCUUUUCAUCGCCCUGCUGGCAAAUCUUCAAUAUCUAGUUGAAUAGUUCUAGUUGAAGAAGAUCCAAAGUAAAGUAUACUAGCUCAAAAACAUCUAUAAAAUAUGAAGUCAACAUUAAAUAUUGAUAUGUUUUUUGCCUGACUUAUAUUAAACUGGUCAUCUUUG